AUGGAUGAAUUAGGGGAAAAUUGUACUGAAAAAGAAAAAAAUAAUAAAUUAUACUUUUAUUAUGAAAAUAAAUUAAAUUUAUAUAAUGAUAAUUUGUUUGAAAAUAUAAUUAACAAUACAAACGAAGAUUUUGAUUUUAAUGAUAAAAAUUCGAGAAAGGUAAUGACUAAUAUAAGUUUAACACAAAGCAGUAAUGAUUUAUUCAACCUUCGCUUAUUAGAAGGCGAAAAAAAUGAUACAGUAUAUAAAAUGAACAAUAACAACAGUAAUAGUAGUAAUAAUAAUAUAUACUCAAAAGAAAACACGGACGGCGAUCAAACAAGCUCACAAAACAACGCCGAUAAUUUAUCGAAAAAUAAUAAUAGUAAUAAUAAUAAUAAUGAAUACAUGUUUAGCUACCUAAAUGUGUAUUUAAAUAAAAAAAUAAAAAACAAACCAGGUGAAAAUAACACUAGUAGCAUAAACCCAAGUAAUAAUAACAGCAACACAGUUGCUGAGUCUAACAAUAUAAUGAACGAUAAAAAUACUUCCAAAAUAAUGCGUACCAAUAUUAACGGUGUUAGCAAUUUUGGAAAUACUAAUCCUGAGGAAAAUAAUACAGUUAACGAGUCAAAUACAUUAGUAUCGGGGAUAUAUAAAGUUAAUUCAUAUCCAAAAGAGAAAACCAAUAAUAAUAACACGAAUAAUAAUAAUAAUAAUGUUAAUACAUUUUUAAAUGCACACACUGUUCCCAGUACUUGUGAUAGUAGUGCUAAUUUCAGUAACAACAAAAUAUAUCCGUUUGAUGAUAUAGAGAAAAAUCAUGAAAUAACGGAAAAUGAUAUAAAUAAUAAUGAACAGACUACAAACUGCCUUAAUAAUGAUACAUAUUUUACUAAUGAAAUUAAUUUAAAUAAAAUGGAAAAUAUAAAAAGUAGUGAUAAUAAUCUUUGCAAUUUUAUAAAUUGUUCAAAUGAUACAAAAAAAAAUGUAAUAAUAAAUCCUGAUUUUCAGGGAAAAAUAAAUUCAAUUACUAGUGAUAGAAAAAAUGGUGAUAAAAUAUUAUUUCAAGAUGAAAAUAAAAUAUAUAAAAAUUUUCGUUUUCCUCAAUCUACUAACGUAGAUGGAAAAAAUGUAACAAAACAAAAUCAAAACAUUAAUUCACAAGAUAGUGAAAAUAAUGUUUCAAUACUUAAAAAAAAUAACAUAAAUGACAACCCAACAAAGUUUGUAAAUAAUGAACAUACCAGUGAUAAUAACUUUACCAAUAAUACAGAUAAAAAAAUACAAAAUAAUAAUAAUAGUUCUUAUUCUGCAAGCCCAGGUAAUAAGACCCCCUCUUUAACACAAAAAGAUAAACUCCAAAGAAUAGAAGAUAAGGAAAAUUAUAAAAGUUUUCUCAAUGUUAUAAAUAAAAGAAUGGAAAAUUUUGCUAGAGCUAAAAAUAUGACUAAUUCAGAAAAUGCAUUCAAAAAAUCCGACUGUUCGGAAAAAGAUGAAAAUAUUUCAACUCGCCAUGAAGAAAUUGAUAAAGAAAAAAUAGAAAAUCCAAAAAAGCAUACUAUUAAUGAAAUAAAUAAUUACACAUUAAAUGAAAGUAAAAAAACUAGCCGUAAUAGUAGUAUUGAAAAUGAUAAUGGAAAAAAUAUAAAUAUAGAUGAUACUAAAAUGGUUUAUGAUCAACAUAAAUUAAAUAAUAAUCAAUCAGAAAAUUCUUCUAUGAAAUCGUUAGAAAGAUAUACACAAAUGUAUUCCUAUUCAGAAGGUGUUGAAACAAAUAUAUCCACUAAUAAUAAUUCCACUUCAAAUAUGGAGGCAUUAAAUAAUACAUAUAUUUUUUCACCUCCCACGUCAAGCAGUUAUAACAACAGUCAAUUUAAAAGAAUGAAUGACAGCAAUCGAAGUAAUAAUAAUACAUGUAAUAAUAUAAUGUCAAAUAUUAAUUAUAAAGAUAAUAUGUUUAGUAAUAAUUUAAAUAUGAUUGAAGAGGGAAUAAAAAGAGAGCAACCAUUAGGAAAUAAAAAUCAACUCAAUAUGGCUCACCCCAAUAGUAUACCCAAUAAUUAUACAACUUGUGGUGAUACCAAUAUGGGUAAUGAAAACAAUAGUAAUAUGAGAAACGAAAAUGGAAGUAAUAUACAUAUUAACAAUAUUGGUCAAAAAAAUAAUUCAAAUAAAAAAAUUAUAUAUAAAGAUGAAUUUAAUAUAAAUAAAGGUAAUCUUAUUGAUAAUAUAAAUCAUGGGCCUAUUUUUAAUAGUCCUGAUAAUUAUACAAGUGGAGAAAAUUGCUACAACAAUAGCAAGGAAUAUUUUAUGAAUGAAAAUAUUAACAAUGCAAUGUUUAAUGGUGAUUAUUUAAUGACUCAUUCAGGUAAAAAAGAUCCUCUUGAUAUUGAAGAUGGAAUAAGAGAUGAAAAUAAUUUUGUAAGUUCCGAUGAUUUUUUUAAUAAUCCUCAUGGUGGAGAAACUCGAUUAAAAGAUUCUCAACCAUUUGGCAAUAAAAUAUAUCCAAUUAUGAGCAAUACAGGUCGAUAUAAUAAUACACCAACUUCUAAAGAAAAUAUUAUUGGAGUCCAUAAUAAUGAUAAUUUAUUUUGCCUGAACAGCAAUAAACAAUGUAAUCAAAUAAAAACUUAUAAUAAUAAUAAUAGUGCAACUAUGGAAACAACUGAUUCAUAUAAUAAUAUUUUAUCUGUUGGUUCUAAAUAUAAUUUUUUAAAUGUAGUGUCUAAACGUCAAAAUAAUAAUAACGACACAAAUAUAAAUUCAACAUUAGGAACACUUAAUGAUUGUGUUAAGGAUGGGAAAGGCAAUCGAAGUAAUAGUGGGAACUGCUCAUUUGGCGAUCGAUAUUAUUCACAACAAAAUUAUGACAAUAAUAAGAGUGCAUUAAAAAAUGUUAAACAUUGCGAUAAAAGUGUUUUAAAAAGUGUCGAUAAAAAUAUGCAACACAAAAAUUCACAUCAUAAAAGUUUUCAUAAAAAAUUUCAUGACGAUCUAUCACAUUCCGAUCAUUACAAUUUAGUUAAUUCCAUUUCAAGUCCAAACAUUUUUAGUAAUGUAGUAAGUACAAAUUAUUUCGGAACCCAAAUUGGAGACUUAAAAAAAGAAAAAGUUAGUGAUACACCAAAUGAAUAUAAUAAAAUUUCUAAUAAUUUAAUUUCUACUCCUGAAGAAAUGCCUAUAUAUACUCAAAGCGAUCGAAUAAUAAAUGAAUUUGCUAUAGACAAUAAUAGCAAUAUCGAUAAAAAUUCAAAUUCAAAUGAACAAACUGUUAAAAAAAAAACAAAAAAGAAAUACAUGUUUAAUCCUCAUGGGGGAGAAAAUAAUUGUAGUAUCCGAGGAAAUAGUAAUAAAUGUAAUAAAAGCGUUGCAAGUAAUAGUAUUGAUGGAGCUAGUUUGAAAAGUGCUGAUAGUGGUAGAAGCAUUUGUAGUAAACUAGAAGGUGGAACUGCCACUAUGUCUUCAAGGAAUGAUUAUAAUAAUAUAAUGGAUGAUAAAUUAAAUGGACAUAUGGUCGGCCCAUUUACUACACAUAAUAAUAUGUUAAGUAAUAUGUCUGAGGAUCACGGUGGUGGAUGUUCUACUACAUGUAAUAGUGAUAUUGGCAAUUCAAUACAUAUAUUUAAUAAUAGUAAUACUAUAGAUAAAAAUUCUAACAGUAAUAAAAAUCACUACAUUACAAAUAUGUAUUAUGAACAGAAUUUUAAAUCAGAAGGAGAUAGUACAUAUCCAAAAUGUAACAAAGAUAGAAAUCCUAUAUUUUGUAAUACUAGAGAAAAUAAUAAUUUAAUAAAAAAAAAUAUUAAAAGUAAUGUUAAAGCAUAUUUUCUUUUAGAUAAAAAAGAAGAAAAUAUAAAUGUAACACAAAAUAAUAGAUCGAAUAUAAUGCAUAUUGAAAAUAAUGAUACAUCUAGAACUACUAUAAAAAAAGAAACACCCUUUAAUGAAUUUGCUUCUUCAAAUACUCACAAAUAUAAUGAUAUCCAUAAUAAAAAUUCAGAAUUUAUUUCAUCUGACAAUAGACAUAGAAUAAAUAAUAAUGUUAAACAAGUUAAUCUACCAAUUGAUGAUAAUUCUACUACUCCAGAUUUUUCAAACAUCUCUCAUAUUAAUAAUCCUGACUGUGGACAAGAUGGUCUGCAAUACUCAUCCACCAUGUUUAUACCAAGUAACAAUACAUCUAAUAAUAAUGCAAACGAAAAUAAUAAUCAUUGCAUAAACCCUAAUAGAGUAGGGGUCAAUACAGUUGAUGAGGCAAACUAUUCGAGCUGGAAGAAGGUCGGUGGAAUUGGAAAUGUUAAGGGAAUGGAAAUGAAUAAGUAUCCAUAUAAAAAUCCGAUACUUAUAGAUAAUAGUAAUAAUAAUAAUAAAAAUAAUAAUCAAAUAAAUUAUAUGAGCAUAUUACAUGACCCAGUUAAAUAUUCACCAAAUAAUAAACAAGAUGUAUUUAUAAAUAAAUAUAUGGAUAUAAAAAUUAAAAAUAUGGAUGACAAUAUGAAUAUUGAUUAUACAAACGAACGAUUUAUUAUUAAUAAUAAUGCUAACUUAAAAAAUACACCAUGUAAUAAUAAUGUAUCUAAUUUAGUUAUGAAUCCAAAUUAUUUACUUCAAGGGAAUGGAAAUAUGAUGUUUAAAAAUAUGCCUCUUGGGGCACAUGAAUAUAAUAUGGAAAUGACAGGAAAGCCAGAUUUUCCUGUUUCAGUUUCACCAAUGAAUACUAACAUUUCUAAUACUAUAAAAGAAAAUAAAAAUGUUAUAUCAAAUAAAAAUCCUGGUGCAGUCAAAAAUGUCGGAGCAAAUAAACCGGUGCAUAACUUUAAUUUUAAUCUAAUAGAAGGAAAUACUAUUGAUAACAACAAUUCUAAAGUAAAUAAUUUAAUGACAUAUAAACGAAAUAAUGGAGCUAAUAAUUUAUUAGAAAAUAAUGAAAAACUAAAUAUCAAAAUAAAUUGUCCUAAUGAAGAAUCAAAUAAUUCUGAAUCACAUAUUAAUAAUAAAAAUAAAAUAUAUACAGAAGCAAAUCUUAAAGGGAUAGGCAUAAAUAGUAAUAGUAAUAUUAAUCGCAAUACAGUGGCAAAUUAUAAAGUUAAUAAUAUUCUUAUUAAUGAUAAAUUAAAGAAUAUAUUAUUAAGUAAAAAUUUUAACAAUUUCUUAAUUGGUGAUGAAAAUAAAAUUGGAAUUAGAAAUACUAUUAAUAAUACUACUCAUAAUGGCGUCGAAAAUGAAGCUUGUACAUCGAGUUCUACUCUUGGAGGCUUAAAAAAUUCGAAUGUAUUGCCUGGAAAUAAUAUACCAAAGUUAAAGGAACCAUAUAAUUAUUAUCCUCAUUUAAAAAAUCAUAUUCCUCCUAAUAAUAAUGUAGUAAAUAAAAAAAUAAAUGAAAUUCCAGAGAAUAAUAAACUACAAGAUAUGAAUGGAAUAUAUAGUAACUAUAUUGAACAAGGAAGUGCAGUCAUGAAUACAAAAGAAAAUGCAUCUAUAAAUACUAGUAAAGAAUAUAAUAAUAAGCAUGUAGCAGAUAUAAGUAAAUCUAUAGGUUCACCGGCAAAUGCUAAUUAUAGUCUAAAUUAUAUUGAAUCAGUAUAUAAUAUAUAUCCUUCAUCACUUUUAAAUGCAAAAAAUAAAAUAAGAAGAAAUGGAAAACCAGGUGGUAAUAACUUUAACGAGAAUGUUGUUAAUAUAUCUUCACAACAACGACAAAUUUCGCAAAUAGAAAAUGAAAAUAAAUAUUAUAAUAAUAUAAAUACACAAGAAGGAAAUAAUAAAAAAAUAGUUAAUCUUAAUUUUCAAGAUAUGCUUAUAUAUAAACAAAAUAAUUUAAAUAUAGAUGAAAUAAAUAAAGAAAAAUAUUAUCCAAUUUUUAAUAAUUAUGUAAAUUCAGGUGGAAUACCAUCUAUGAAUAAUAAAAAUAUUCCUAGACAAUGUACAAAUAGUAAAAUAUCAAAUACACCUAUUAAUGAUAUAAAUAAUAAUAGAAAUAUAGUUAGCAAAUCAACUAAUAGUUAUCAAACUCCUGAAGAUCCAAAUAAACCAAGAAUUAAAGAAGAUGAUUUAUUUUCAUCACUUAAUAUGCCAUCUAAACCUUCAUGUAAUGAUCCUCAUAUUUGCCAUCAAGGAAAUUUUCAAGACAAAAGAACAAUAGUUUGUGGUGAUAAUAGAAUGGCAAAAGAAAAAAAAAUAACUUUACUUGGGACUAGAAAUAAAAAUUCCGUUCAAGUUACAUGUGUUAGUGGUGUUAUAGGAUCUAUAGAAAAUAAUAAUGUGCCACCCAUUUAUUCAAACUUGGCAAAUUCAAACUUGGCAAAUUCAAACUUGGCAAAUUCAAACUUAGCAAAUUCAAAUUUGGCAAAUUCGAGUUCUUAUUUUCAAAACAGAGGGCCAGAAACUGCUACUAAAAAUACAAUUUCUUAUAAGCCACCCCAAAAUAAUAAUAACGACAUGAACAGUCAGGCAAUUAUGGGAUUAAAAAAUGAAAAUAAAUUAAUUAAUAAUGGAAAAGGAUUAAUUAGUUCAAGUAAUCAUAAUAAAAGAAUAGAUCAAACUGAUGAUAAAAAAAUCGAAAAUAUUUGUAAUAAUAAAAAUGAAGGAAUAACAAUACAUGAUAUAAAUAAAAAUAAAAUUUACGAUAUAUUUUUAUGUAAUAAAAAAAAUUAUAUUUCAAAUAAUAAUAAUAAUUUAUAUACCAAUUUAAAUAAUAACAAUAAUAAUAACAUGAGAAGUACUAUUCAAAAUGCAGAAUAUUUUUAUUCUAAAAUGAUACAAAAUAAUAAUUUGGCUAGAUAUAAUGAAGAAUUAAUAAAAACUAUUGAUAGAAAUGAUGAUGUAAAUCCAGUUGAUCCGAAUGUUAUAUCCCCUCCUCCAGCUUCUGUAUCUAAUACUUCACCAAACUUAGUAAAAAAAGAAAUAGAAACAUAUAAUAAUAAUUGUAUAAGUGAAAAAGAUUUAAGCUAUUACAAAAAUGUUAAUUAUAAAAAUAUGGAUAUAGAUAAUUAUGUUUUAUAUCACCAACAAGAAAAAGAUAUCACUGAAAAAUAUUUAAAAAAUAGAAAUUACAUAUCUAGCGAUAAUAAUAUAAAAAUAGAAUCCAUUCAAAAACAACCUAAUGAUCAUAAUUCACAUAUCCUUCGUAAUAUCAAUAUGAAUGCAAAUAUUGCAAAUAAUAAUCUUAUAAUAAAUAAAGGGGUUAUAAAAAAUAUAGGAAAUAUUCCAGAUAAAUCAGUAAAUUAUUAUAAUGAAAAUCGAUACUAUUAUAUGAAUGAACUUCAACAACAUUCAAUAAUUGGCAAUAAAUAUGGACCAAACAAUAAUGAAAAUAAUUCAAACUUAGGAGGUGGAACUGUUCUAAAUACAAUUGGAAAUAAUAAUAAAAAAGAAGAUUAUGAUGAAAAUGUUUUCCGUAUAUCUAAAAGCCAAUUUAUUAGUCUAGAAAAAGAUAUCAAAUAUUUACAAUCAUUAACAUUACAUAAUAUUAAUUCAAAAGAUUUAUAUUUCGAAGCAUAUGAAGAGAAAGAAAUAUUUCCGUAUGACCAUAACGGAAUUGAAACUAACCCAAAUUAUUAUUUUAAUAAUGGAGAAAAUAAUAAUGAUUAUAUUUUUAUAAAUGAUCAUGGAAUGAAUGAUUCUAAAAUGUUUAAUAAUACAUCUGUUAAUGAUAUUUCUAAUAAUGGACCUGGAGGAUGUAUAAAAAAAGAAAUGAAAAAAACAAAAGUCUAUACAAAUAAAUUAAAUACCUCUUUAAAAUAUUCUGUCAUAGAAGAAGGAUCAUUUGGUGUUGUAUAUAAAGGAUGGUAUAAAAAUAUGCAUGUAGCAGUAAAAGUUCCAGUUGAAAAAAUGGUUAAACAAGAUCCUUAUGGAUUAACUAAAAGAUCAAUUAAUGAAUGGAAAAUAUUAUCAAAAUGUGAACAUCCCAAUAUUAUAAAAUUAUAUGGUGGUAUUAUUCAUAGCUAUUUUGAUAUUUGGCUAGUUACAAAAUUAAUUAAUGGUUCCGAUUUACAUACAAUAAAAAAUAAUAUGAAUAAAGAAGAAAGAGUACUAAGUACCGAUAUAUCACUAAAAAUGUGUAGACAGCUAGCUGCUGUUAUUAAUUUUUUACAUACACCAAUUAAAAAUAAAAAAAAUGUUAUAAUACAUAGAGAUAUAAAACCAGAAAAUUUAAUUAUAGAUAGUGAUUGGAAUAUACAUUUAUGUGAUUUUGGUGAUUCAGAAGAAACAGAAGAUGGAAAUGUAUCAAAUGUUUCCGGAGCUACUUGGAUAUAUGCACCUCCAGAAUUAUUAACAUGUCAUCCAUUAAAACAAAGUAGUGAUUAUAAUUUUUUAGAUUACGCUCAACUAUCAUAUAAAUGGGAUAUAUGGUCAAUGGGUUGUGUUUUUCAAGAAAUGAUGAAUUUACCAUCACCUUUUCAACAUUAUAUUAUUUCUUUUGAUGAAUCAGAUCAAAUAUAUGAAAAACUUGUUGAUGUUUUUACAAAGAAAUUACCUCCAUGUAUCCAUUCCAAAAUUGACAAUUCACCAUUUGCUGAUAUUAUAAAAUUAUGUUUAAAUUAUGAUCCUAAUCUAAGACCAACAGCUAAGGAAAUCGUUGAUUUACUCAACCAGCCAAAUGAGUAUUUGCUCCUUAAGAGGAGGUAG